UAAUGAGUUGGAUUUUGACUCGAGCUCGAAAAUGGUCUUCAUUAUUAGACGUAAAGAUUGACAUAUCGACCUUUUAGGACAAAAUUAGGACCUUUUAGGACCUUUGUAUGCUCCAAACGACGAAGAUUUUUGAUUCAAAUUUAUUUCCGCCAUGUCAAAAGCGUUGUGUCACGCCAUCGUGCAAACGUAAUAAUCACGAUCUAAAAUCACGAGAUUUCUUGGAACAAAAGACACAAGAAGGUUGCCACAUCUUUGUACUAAGUCGAUCUCUAUAGCUGUAGACACCUAAAAAUGUUUUUGAAAUUGUAUUUGGAACUCUAUUAUCGUUCAAUGGCUCAUUAUAUUGCAAUGGUCAUGUUUGCAGCUGUUGGAUACGGAACUUUCAUGAAAGCACUUUUGGAUUUCAACACAUCUACACCUGGAUUUGUGCGUCAUACUGCACCAUGCCAGAAUAGAUGCGAGGCUAUUCUACCAAAUUCAUCCGUGAACGAGUUUAACUCUUUCUCGUUAGACAACUCACAAGUCUUGUUUGUGCAUUUUCACGGAAAUAGUUUAUCGAGGCUUCAGAAACCAAAAGAAACAGAGAUCUUGGAUCCUGUGAAUCUUGUCUGGGUCGAAAACACCACAGCUCCAUUCCUUUCGCUAGAUUUAGCCUUCAACGUUUAUUCAAUGACAACUUUGAGGCGGAAAGUGCAUAGUAUGUCAGUAAUGGUAGAAUUUGGUUCGCAAAAAUGCUUGGAGAACAUAACUUACAGUUGCGUUACAGCGAGUUUGGCCACAGCAUUCUUAGCUUAUGUCAGUCAACAAAGAGGUGCAUUGUGUUAUGUCGCCAAUUUUAAUUCCUCAGUGAAGUAUAAAUGUUGCCAAAAAAACUUUCACACGCAGAAAAUUGAAUGUAACAUUCCUGCUUCUAUUAAUCCAGAGAUGUCACGAGUUUUUGUUACAAUAAUAAUUGUGGCAGCAAUUUUUUUUGGUUGUUUUCCCGCUGUUUCAGUCCGAUUUCCUGAUAAAGAUGACACUUCUCAAACAAUGAGCGCCAACGUACAAGUUCGCAAUCCAUUUUAUCGUAUGGUGAACUUUGCUGUCCAAAAACUACGUCAUUAUUCAAAUAAGCAUUACUCUGCAAAUGUUAUAAGAAAACUGCUUAUUGGUUGUUUACUGCCCACAUUGUUCUAUAUUGACUGGGGUCUCGUAGUCUACACCGCUAAAUAUGACAUUCCAAAGAUGUUUAAUGAUGCAGUGAGAAAGAAUUGGCUGGAAAAGAAGAUGUCGUUUGUAGUGUUUGCAGCUGUGUCUUAUAGCAUUGUACUGUUGAUUCUUUCUUUGCUUCCAAGAUAUGAAAACCUAAAUUUUUCUUUUGCACCUGCUCAUAGCCAGGAAACAGUACAGCACGAAUAUUCAUUAAUUCGUGAAGCUCAGAGCCAAUAUUUGGAAAUGGAUUGGAUGAAACCGUGUUCUUUUGCCAGAAAUCUUUUCAUGAAAUUCUGUUUUGGCUUCAAAGGACUAUUCGAUUUUAAAAGUUUUCUUUGCUUAAAGAUUAUUAAAUUUGUAUGCAGUUUUCUCCUUGUAUUGAUUUUGUUCCCCAUCGUUUUCGUAUUGAUUUUCAUUGGAUAUGGUUGGUAUAUCUCACCGUUGGGCCGCAGCAUCAACAUUCUCAUUAGCCAAGCAUUUAUCUAUGUUUUGUGGUUUUCCUAUCGCUUUGUUAGUACACUGAAAAAGAUACUAGGAAACGUUGCUGUUUGUAUCGGUGUUGUACUUGGCAUGGUUCUAUCCGUUAUGAUGAGUAUUCUAACAGGAAUAUCAUUUGCAAAAAUAGUCUCUCGCUCGCUACUAUUAAUUGCAAGACUCAUAACUUAUCUUUGCAUGGGAAUAGUUGCCAGUAAGGAUGAUUAUUUACCUCUUAUUGCACUCUUUUCUCUUUUCGUUUUCUACAUUUGGAACUGUUUCAGCUCAGUUGGAAAUACAUACAAAGAUCUUCUUAGACAAACGUUUGACAUGUGCAAAGAAUACCAAGAAAAAGAAAACAGACAAGUCAUAAUAGUGGAUAACGAAGGAGUGCCAAGGAUUGACCGACUGAGUGUCCUUUUCCAGAAAGUUGUCGAUAAAAUCCUGCCAUUUAGCAAGACUUACACCAUAAUGUUCGUAAAAAUGGCAAUAAUUGGAUCUUUUUUGUUUUUGACAUACUUUUCUAUUUUGGUUUAUGGGAAAACAAGUUUAAACGAUGUGACCAAAACCUUGGCCGUUUCUUUGGCUGGACUUAUCCCGAAAUUGAUAGAAAUAUUUCGUAGCGGCAAUUCCAAGGACUUAAUUGACAGAGAAAAUGCAUACAAGAUCGAGAAGAUAGUGCAGGAAUUCUUUGAUUCUGAACAAGGAGAUCAGGGAAGCAAUGGAGAAACGUCUGAAAGUUCGACUACAAACCUGUCUAAUGGCACCGGCGAAGCAAGGUCAGAAGGUCGCCAUCAGUUGGUACGUGCAGAUGUUAACCCAAGAUUGACAGAUAUCAAUGGCGAUCCAACCAAUGAAACAACACCAUUAAUCCAAUCAAACCAGAACGCCAGAAAUGACAUCAUUGAAGUAUAAAUACACCAUAGUUAGUAUAUGGGGCUUGAAAACACAGAACUUUAGGUUCAUUGAACACUGAACGUGUCUUUCUUACCUUUUCUAAACGGUAUUCUUUUCUCCUUCCAAAGUGGAAGAUCUGAAAUUUCAUGAAUUUUAUUUUACAUUCCUUGAUUUAUUGUUUUAGAUGAGUUUUCUUGACUUUUUCUUGGUAACAUUGACCUAAUAAGUAAUGUUUUUUAGCAGUUAUACUUUAUUGCAGUUGCAGAAAUUCUUUAGGAUGUUCUUUGGUAUUUUCUUACCAAUUACCUCAGUAGUUUUUCAAAUGAGCAUGAAAUUUGAUAGCCAACCAUUAACGGUUGCAAGAAUUAUUUGACAUCAUCUGUUGUUUUUAGGAAUAGAUUUAAGAUGGUAUUACAUUUAGUACGACGGCUGCUAUGUUGGCAGUACAGUAGAGUAUGAUUUAUAGAUAGCAGGUACACCAAAUAAGCAAUGUGUAACGACGCCAUUUUGUGUUAGAAAGCUUGAUGGUAGUUGUAGUCGUUGCACUUUUUAUAACCACAAAGAAUCUCCCUUAAGGCCAUUCCGUAGUAAUGAUAUCAUGAUAAUAAUAAUUAUAGAUACUUGUGAUAAACAUUUUACAGUUAUUAAUUAUAAGUAGAAGUAAAGAAAUAAAAUAAAAUGGGAAGUUGCCAUCGAGUUGUUUUGCGCUGUAGGACGUCAAACCAUUUCCAUGCGUGCUCGAGGUAUUCUUUGAUUUUAGGAAUCGUAAAAGACAUUC